AUGCCUUCAUUAGCACGCUACAUUCGAGGUAUUCGACAGGUUGGUAUCAAAGAGUGGUGGCACCAAAUGCAGUACAUCGGUGAUGUGAAGGCGGGAAUAUUCAUGGGGAAGGACCAGUUUGGAAACCGUUAUUUUGAGAACUUAAAUGGAGAGCAAGAGGUACCAGGCCGUCAUCGUUGGGUCGACUUUGCCCAGCACGACAAUAAUGCGACGCAGGUUCCAGCCGAAUGGCAUGCCUGGCUCUCGCAUAUUCGGAAGGAGGUACCGCCGGAGGAUAAAGUGAUGCAAGCCGUGUCCCCACCUUGGAAAGCUCCAUGGAUCGAGAAUCUGACUGGAACAAGAGGUGCAUAUCGUUCCUACAACACCGCGAAGCCAAAGAUCGAGACAUGGGAGCCUAAGACCCUUCCUCGACACUAGUCAUCCAUACCUUCUACAUGUGCUACCCCUCUCGCAAUGCAUUUGCUUUAGUACAAUGUUUAUAGGCAUCUCAACGUAUAUGAUCAUUCUCGGCCACUAGCAUAUCUUCAACCACCAUCUCUGCAAUUGCCAAGCUCGCUGUGAGCCCGGGGCUUUCAAUCCCCAUCAAACUGAUCAUUGGGCUUCCGCUUCGUCUUCGAAAAUUCGGCAAGAAGCUACGAUCGUAAUCCUUCCGCAACACGAAGUCUUGGAAGCCUCCGCCUGGAGGAACGAGUUUCGGUCUGAUGCCAGCAUAGUCCGCCUUCAAUCCAUCCAACUCAACUCCUGGUAGAUAGCGUGAUAUGGCUUCGUGCAUAUCCUGGAUCCUUGACUCAUCAGGCGCUAGAUAUUGCAUCCAAAAGUCUACAUCAGACGUGUCCUUCGGGGGUGAAAUCCACUCCAAAUCCGGCCCAAAGCGCACUUUGCCCUGUAAAUCCAAAGUGAGAUGCGUUCCCAACGAUUGAAAUGCGUGAGCUCCUUUGUCGGCAGAUGACGAUGCUUCGGGGCAAGGGUAGAUCAAGUGCGAAACGCAUGAGAUACCUGGACCGGUGUACGACGCGUAAGACCCCCGUGCAUAGUACAUUGGUAUGCGCUUGCGCGCAUCGAGCAGCGAGUUCAGUAUCAAUGGGCCAGAAAGCCCAGAGGCGUUUAUCAACACGCGAGCGAAU